ACAUUCCAAGCGUGUUGAGUUUCCUGUGGGUCUUUCAAAGCACUGGGACUAGUGACCUGUCCAGCAAAAGCCAUCUGCUAUAAAGUCAUCCUUCCUUACCAGAGGAAGAUGUCGGAGGAGAGAGAAUGGAUGAGAAGAAUUCAGGAAGAAAAUGCACAUCUCAAAAAUCAAAUUAGACUGCUUAAGGAAAACUAUGAACUGCGCAUAUUGUUGGGUCAGCAGUGUGACAAAAGCAGCCAAGUCCAUUUAUUAGCAUCUCAAAUUUCUCCUGCCAAUGCUGAUGCUGGUUCACUGAUGAAAGGAGUUCAGUAUAUUGGAAGAGAAGAUUCUAAUUAUUGCCCCAACAUCAUCUCCAAGGAUACCACUAUUCAGUCCACUCCCAGUGCUCAGACAUCGGUUAAGUGGCUUUGCAAAGAUCCUCUGCAGCCCAGAACUGGGGAAAAGAGAGCCACACAUUUGUCAAACAUGUCAUCUUCUACCAUUGGACUAAAACAACUUGAAGGACCCAUAGAGAUCUCUGUACCCAAGAAAACUUGGCUCCCAGAUGGCCUUUUUCCUGGUGAUAAGACUCAAGCUUCGUUACCACUUUGCACUGCUUACUCUUCAAAGGACAUGCUAAGUCACUCGCCCUCAUGGCCCGAAGAAUCAAACACCACCAGUAUGUUCAACAGGGAGGAUGUCCAAGCACAGACCUCAUUUUCAGAUGACCUCAAGCUCCACAAAGGAGGGUCCAUCUUAAGGAUUUCUGAGAGGCAGCCCUCUCACAUUUCAAACAGCGCACAAGACUCAAGCCUCAACAAGGCUCAGACUGAUUCCCAGGAGACUCCGAAGAAGAAAAGGGUCUGGUUUUCAGACACCCUUGGCCCAGACAAGUUAAGGAAGCUCCAGACAUUCUACUUAAAUGACAUAGAGAUCACUCAGAACAGCAAAAGAAAUGGGCGCAUAGUGGGAGAGAUUGCCUUUCAAUUAGAUAGGCGAAUCCUUGCCCAUGUGUUUCCUGGAAUCACACGUCUCUAUGGAUUCACCGUGUCCAAUAUUCCUGAGAAAAUCAAACAGGUCUCCCUGAAAUCUUUAAAUGGCUCUGUGGACGAGAAGAUGUAUCGAGCCAUAACCCAGCGCUACCUGGACCUAACAGCCCGCCUAGAGAAGAUGGGCUAUCAUACAGAAAUCCACCCUGUGUUUAGUGAAUUUCUCAUCAACACCUAUGGCAUCCUAAAACAAAGGCCAGAUCAGAACUCUAAUCCCAUGCACAACAAUCCUGCUGAACUCAGAAAAAUGGUGAUAGACAUCGUCCCACCCAAAUUCCUUGGAGAUACCUUACUGCUGUUGAACUGUUUGUGUGAACUUUCGAAGGAAGACAACAAAGCUCUCUUUGCUUGGUAGUGCACACCGCAGCUCUUGCCGUAAAGACUCUCAUAGUAAGAAGACACAAGCACAACCUAUGCGUAAUAAAAUAGUAUUUGCUGAAAAGGGGAAUCAAGUAGAGUGCACUUUUUUUUGUAUCAGGCUGUUGCUGGUAGAGCUGCUUUUUGCUGUGUUUAAUUCACAUUGCUUUUGACUAGUUGUACCUUUAAAACUGAUAAUGUGUUUUUUUUUAAUUUAUAUCAUAUUUAU